AUGGAACAAAAUCAAUUGCGGAAAUCUUCGCAGUAUGCAUUGUCAACACCAUUUUCAUUAUCAGAAGCGAAACCCGACGACAACGACCACAAAAGGUCAAAUUAUUUAGAAGAACAAGUGGUAAAAGAUCGUGGCGGAAAUGAUGAUGCUAGUAAUCUAUUCAAGAAUAUAUUCACUUUCGCGUCAAGUCAAAAUUUGAAAAAUACAGAUACCCUACUGGAACUCGCACAAGUAUUUCACAAUUAUGAAAUUUUUCAUCAAGAAUUGCGACGACAAAAUAUUCACGACAUCAAUAUAGAAUUAGAGUUCAGUGAUGACGACAUCGAGAACUCACCAAAUACUAUAGUAGUAGAUCAAACAAUAAAUAAUGACAACUUUGACAAUAAUGCAGGAAACUGGGGAUCGGAUUGUUGCGAAGUUCCUCUAAUUGAAACUAACUAUGGAUUUAAACGAAGAGCCGCAAAUAUCACUAAUACAUUCAAAAAUAAUCUCGAUCACGAAUUGAAUGCUCCUUUUUUCCGUCCACAAAUUCCGCUAUCUGCCUCUCAAAGAAAUAUCACAACAAUCAAAAGUUCCGAUUUCGUCUUCGGCUUUGCAGGCAAUAAUAACCAGCAGAAUUUGAAUGUUCAAAAGCGGUUAAGACUUCAAUAUGAUAAAGAGACAGGUUCACUAUAUACGAUUGAUAGUAAGCCGCCGAUUUAUCCGACAAAGAAUUACAACAAUAAUUUUAGAGAAUUGGAACUAUCAGAACCAAAGAUCAAAAAUAUUAAUGAAUUGAAGACAGAAGCGGUUAAUUCAAAUGCCAACAUCAAUAAUAAUAACAUGAUAUUGCAAGAAAAGACACAUUCACUCCCAUCAUCUGUUCCUCAAAUCCAAAUCUCUCAAGAGGAAUUAGCAAAUUCUCUAAGGAAAGUACAAACGAACCUAAAAUCGCAACUAAAAAAAUUUGAAAAAUCACGGGAGACUUCGAUUUCGUAUGAACAAGUUGCAUCUUCUUUAAUACAAACACAAGAGAAUUUAGAAAAGUUGUUGAAACAAAUUGAUACUUCCUCCGCAUUAUCAUCGUCGAGUACGACCUCACCAAUCUCCCAAGCUAAUACUAAUAUAUCUGAAACGUGGAAAACGGUUGCUCUAGAGAACGAAAAAUCAUCAUCUAGUGAUGCUUCUUUCAAUAAAGUUAAACUUGACAGAGCAAAUAAAUUGUUGGAGAAACAUGAAGAAGCCGUUGAACACAUUGGAACUUCUCAAACACAGUCAAUUUCAUUUGACUCAACGUUGCCAGGGGACCAAAAAUCUUUAUCUUAUGCAAGUUCUCGAGAAAAAAUUAUGCUUGAUGAAAUUGACAUUUCUCCUGAGAAACAGAAGCAAUUUAUUACUCUUAAAGACAUCGAAACUUCUCUAAUAAAAUUCAAAAAGUCCGAGGUGACAUCACCUAUCAAUAUUUUAAUUGAGGAGCAAGAAACUGUUCUCAAAGAAACAAAUAAAUUGGAGAAGAUAAACAACCUUUCUCUUGAGAAACAAGAAACUAUUACAUCCAAUGAUCCAUCUCACCAGAAACGUGUUAAAUUUAAACUGGACGAAAUUAAAAAACAGAAAUUUGCUAGUGCAGAAACCCAAACUUCUCAAACUAAUAUAAAAAAGACAUCACCGGGGGAGGAAACAGGAACCUUGAAUGCAAAAACCAAAAAGUCGGAAAUGAAGAUGAAUAAAUUACCAGAGGAAAAACAACUACAAAUUAUUAGUUUUGAUAUUUCUUUACAGGAACUUGAAGAAGCUCGCUUGGAGGGCAUAAAAUCAACGAUGAAAUUGCCUCGCGAAAAAAAUGUUUCUGAAUCACCGAAUACAAAUCCAGAAAAAUCACCAGAGGAUAAUGUAAAAUUACCUCCGCUUCGUAAGUUAUCUGGUAACGUUGACAAGAAAAUCGACAAUGAUUCGAAAAAACCUCCUAUUGUGUCAAAUAAUGAUAUUGCUAUUGAUCCCCAAGUUACAGAAAGUGCGACAAACAAUCAAGAUCCUUUUGAAAUGGAAGACGAUGUCGAAAAAGAAGAUGACAAUUUAUUGUCCUCACUUUUCACAAUUCGUCUUCGAGAACAACGUCGAUCAAGAGAGAAUAAAGCUGUUACGGAUAACGACCAAAAGGCAAAUGAAUCAGAUGGAGAAAUUGAAGACUGGACUAGAAACAGACCACCCACUCAUGGGUUUCUUCCUUCACAAAAAAAAGUAAAAGUACUACGUAUUCUCCCAAAAAAGGAUACGGAUAAAAAGAAUGAUCGCAAAAUCAAAAAUAUUUCACCAAAGCGUGCUGACAGCCGCCAAUCAAAUAACAGUGAUGGUAAUUCCCAACGACCAUUUCCACCAUUACUGCCACAAGCAUCCACAAGUACAACUGCUGCGAUGCUCGCCACUGCUAAAAAUCAAGCUGAAAUAUCUUGUAAUAUUUGUCAGAAACAAAUCAAAGGUGGGAAAACGGCUCUUAAUAAGCACAAUAUCUUACACAAGCAUCCCAUAAGUGGAAAACACUAUUGUCACUUAUGUAAAUUUUCUGGAUUUGCUUUACCUGAACUUCGUGAACACUUGAAGCAGAAUCAUUCGGAUCUUUAG